AUGGACUCGGAGGCUGAUCCUGCCCCGCAGUCAGCAGAGCUUCAGCAAACUUUACAGUGGUUGGACCGCCCUGUCAGGCAGUUUGAUAUUGCCUUGUGUGAGGCAACUUUGAACGACAGGAUCACUGCACUGGAGGAGCAACUUUCCGCUCUUCAAUCUUCACGACAAGCUUCCUUUGCCAAGCUGGAAGAGUAUCGCACUUACUUUGACAGCAGUCUUUGGAGCCUCUUUGAAGGUGCCAACAAGCGAGCAAGUACCGAAAGUGCAGCGAUCCGUGAAGAGUUCUUUGCAGCUUUAGUUCAACUCCGUGAAGACACUCUGGAAGCUUUGGGUGAAGUACACGAGAGGGUGGACCAUAUUUUCAGCAACGUCGUCCGGAACAUACUGACUCAGAUUCUUUUCUGGAUUCGCUCGAUUGAACCAUGGCCGGCUGAUGCUUCUGAUGAUAGUGAUGGUUCUUUUGCUAUUGUGGAGGCCACUCCGGCUUUUGAUUUGCCGGUACCAUCAUCCUGGAACCCAGGUCUGCUCCGGCAGCUACGGCGCCGUCACGGGGUGAUGUGCCCAAAGCUCGACCAGUUUUCCCUCAGCGUUCUGCUUUUACGCUACGGCACGUGGGACGAGGCUGGCACGUCAGCUCAGUGCGAUCCUUUGGUGGACAAUCUGCUUCAGGCUGCAGAUUCCUUUGCUUCCACAGCAGAAUAUGCAUUUCCUCCAGAACCACCUAGGGUACUGCCUUGCAAGUUUGCUUUGCCACCCCGGCCAGUGACUUCGACAGCACGGGUUACUUUGCAGAACGAUUUGCACGCAAAGCUCCGCGCCAAGGGUCUCCUUUUGCGGCGCCAGCUGGUUUUGCUUCUUGCACCUUUGAGCUCUGCAUUGCAGGAAAUUCUGGAAUCGGCAUCCUCAGAAGCUUUGCUUUCUCAGCUGGUUGCAUCGGUGGCCGACACUACAUUGGUCAGGUAUGUGCCGAGCUGCUUGCAAUACUUUGCUUUGCUUCAGGAUCUGGGUUUUGACGCAGCUCGGAUCUCCCAGGUGCAAGCCUAUGAUGUGAUGAUACAGCUUUACAGGUCCCCUGAGGAUGAAGAAGAAGUUCCCACUUCAUGCUUUCCCCUCAAUACGUUGAAGGCUUUGAGGUGGAUGGUCAAGGUGGCCACCGUUUCUUUUCCGGAUCUUUACACAGGCCUUUUUCACUCAGUGGCUCACCAACGUAACGAAGCUGAUCGUCGAGAGUCAGUGCCUUUGCCACUGGAUUUUGUUGCUUAUUUGGAGUUUUGCUUGAUCUCAAAUGCUUUUCCUGAUCUGCAAUUGAACAUCGGGGCGCUCCUUGUUAUGAUUUGGGGCUCUCUGCGGUUCAGCGAUGCCAUGCACGUGAAGUGGGGAUCCUUACUUUACGAACAAGAGAUGGGCCGUGGAAUUUCUUUCCGGACCAAGACCGCAGUGCGUCGUGGUGCUCCUUUUGGUGUCGUAGGAGUGGGUCUGGUCGGCCCAUGGUUCCCGCUAUGGCUUGCUUUACUGAAAAACGAAUGGUGUCGUAUUGGUAAGGUGACGGGCCCCGUGCUCAGCUUUGUCCCGCCAUCGAUGUGGAUGUGGAUCUGGCAGGUGCUACUUUCACUUUGGCAUCGGACCCUGGUGAUGUUGUGGCCCCAGAGAAGGCAGCCACACUUCCUUUGCACUCGUCAGGUGAGCCAGGAUCCCCGGAUGAGCUUCUUUUCAUCAUCACUGCCAAGACUAUUCACAAGGCAGUGGUUUGCUCCGAGCUCGAUCGUUGCACUACUUUCCAAGGAGUGCACCUGA